UAUAAGGACGUGACCCGCCCCUGGCUCAGGUGCAACAAAAAGCAGACCCUGUUGGCCUUGUUGUCCCUUGUCCUCCCCCCUGCCCAUGUUUCUGCUCCUGUGAGAACUACGGGUCAUCUUUGUCUUCGAAUUGCAGAGUAAUGAAAGAAGAAAGAGGCCUGACUCAUUCUGUACACCCAUCACUGUGAAGACAGUUAAAUGUGAGGCUGGUGCCCAGAGUCCAACAUGGAUGUCAGUAAGGAUGGUGGAGGAGGGUCGUGGUCAUCCUCACCCUCCAGCACCGGCUGCCAUAAAGGCGUAGUCACAAUCUGCGUCCUCCUUUUCCUCAUUAUAGGCAUCUUUGCCGGCCUUGCUAUUGCAUACCUGCUGGAGGAGCCACACGAUUUCCUGGAGACAGUGGAGCUGAGGGGCCUGAAGUAUAGUUCAGAUCUGCAGGAUGAAAACUCUGGUUUCUCUAUCAUACUUUCCUCAGCUUUAAAGUCCAAGGUUAAAGAUAUAUUUACUGCCUCAUCUAUAUCACAUCAUUAUAAUGACUGCAGCAUUGUUGCCUAUGGUAACAUGAAUGAUAACACAAUGGCAACUUUAAGGCUAUUCUUCAGGGUGUCCAAAUUCCAGCAGUAUUCAGACAACUUUGUGCGAGACCUACUGAGAGCAGGGCUCAGCUCAGUGAUGCAUGGGAAACCACUGGAGGUGCCUGGGUUUGGACAGAUCAGCGCUAUUGUCUUAUUAGGGGCCAGUGGGAAGUCAUUUUAUGUCAUUGGAGAUGACUCGAUGGCAAAGUGUCCUGAAAAUACUUACACCUGCGACAAUGGGGAAUGCAUCACUAAAAAGAACCCAGACUGUGACUUUAUCCCUGACUGUGCGGAUGCAUCCGACGAGGCUCUUUGUGACUGCGGUUUACGCCCAGCCAUGGGGAGUAGGAUAGUCGGCGGUGAGGAUGCUCGACAAGGGGAGCUGCCCUGGCAGGUCAGCCUGAGGUAUUACUCGAGGCACACAUGUGGAGCCUCCAUCAUCAAUGAGCGCUGGAUUGUCAGUGCAGCACACUGCUUUGGAGGUGCUACUGAUCCCAGUGAUUGGACAAUCCUGGUUGGAGCCAGACUGGUCAACGGCAUAGAGGAUGAGUCAAAAGUAGUAAAGAUCAAGUCAAUCAUUGUUAAUCCUGAAUACAACCCAACGACCAACAAUAAUGAUGUGGCUGUCCUGGAGCUGGAGACCCCCCUCACCUUUAACUCCUACAUCCAGCCUGUCUGCAUUCCCUCCACAUCAUACGUCUUUGAGCCCGGUCAGAACUGCAUUGUGUCCGGCUGGGGGGCUCUGCAGCAGUUUAGCUUACAUGUGCCAAAUGUGCUGCAGAAAGCUGUGGUCAGAAUCAUCGACUCCAAGGUGUGCAAUCAGUCGUCCGUGUACAGAGGUGCCAUUUCUCAGAACAUGAUGUGUGCUGGAUUCCUGCAGGGAAAGGUGGACUCCUGCCAGGGUGACUCCGGGGGGCCCCUUGUGUGUGAAGGGAGUCCAGGGAGGUUCUUCCUGGCUGGGGUGGUGAGCUGGGGUUGGGGAUGUGCCCAGGUCAACAAGCCUGGAGUUUACGCCCGUGUUUCCAAGCUCAGAAACUUUAUUCUGAGGCACUCGGAUCAGGCUACCUUCAAUGCCCCACCAGUUCCUGCUCCAACCAUUCCAGUUCCAGUCACCCACAGGUUCUCUGACAACCUUCCAGUGUCUCAGACUGAAGGAAAGGAGGAAGCACCUGCUGUAUCAGUACCUGCCAUGAAUUGCAGUGGAAACUUCCAGUGCAGCUCCAGUUGGUGCAUCAGCAAAAUCAACCCAGAGUGUGAUAAGAUCCCUGACUGCCCCAAUGAAGCAGACGAGAAAAACUGCAAUUGUGGUGCUCGUCCUGCGCUGGGGUUUCAGCGGAUCAUAGGUGGAGUCACAGCUCGGAGGGGAGAGUGGCCGUGGAUCGGCAGUCUGCAGUACCAGAGACAACAUCGCUGUGGCACCACACUUAUUCACAGCAAGUGGUUAUUGUCUGCUGCACACUGUUUCAAUGGUGAUUCCAGUCCCACUAACUGGGCUGUAAGCCUUGGAUCUGUGCUGCGUUCUGGGUCCGGUGCGUUGGUUAUUCCCAUACAGAGAGUGAUUAUCCACCCAGCUUUCAACAAAAACAACAUGGACCAUGAUGUGGCUCUGCUGGAGCUGAUAGAGCCAGCCCCAGCGUCCUACACCAUCCAGCCAGCAUGUCUCCCCUCUCCUGUGCACCACUUUCUGGAGGACUCUGAGUGCUACAUCACAGGUUGGGGAUCCAUCAGGGAAGGAGGUUCACUGACCAACCUGUUGCAGAAAGCUGCAGUGAACAUCAUUAAGCAGAAGGACUGUCAGCAGGCUUAUGGCAACGUGCUGACUCCUAACAUGAUGUGUGCCGGAUUAAUGGAGGGAGGACGGGACAGCUGCCUGGGUGAUUCUGGAGGGCCGCUGACGUGCCGUCACCACUCUGGCCAGUGGUUUAUUGCCGGUGUGACCAGCUGGGGGCAUGGAUGUGGACGAUCUGGUUUUCCUGGGGUUUACACUCGGGUGACGUCUGUCCGGAAGUGGAUAUCAACACAUCUACCUUUCUGAGGAGAUUUGGAAACAAAAAACUAGACAGAACAUCAGAAUUUUACAGAUAAUUUGCCUCCACGUAACUGUACUGUACAAGGACUAAAGUCAUGGCUUUGGCCAGAUAAACAUAAGCUCAGUUAACAAAAUUUUGACAUAUGUGUCAUGGGUGCUGUUUGCAACACUGCAUUGCCUAACCCGGAGCCCUCACCAUGUUCUGAUGAGGUAUUAUGUGUGGCUAACUCACAACCAACAAACUGAGGCAUUAUUCAAAUAUUUAUUACAUUAAUUUAUUCUCCUGAUGGGUAUGAAUAAUGGUAAUGGUAUUAUUUCUUUUAAUUUGUAUACUGCUGGGUUUUCUGAUAGUACACUGAUUAGCAUCAGUGUUAAAAACUGACAGUUAACAGCAUGGAGCUUGAAUGAUAGGCUUGAAUGCUGAAUGAUACUGGAGAUCCGGACAUUUGCGUGAUGUUUUGAUUCCUUGCAACAGCAGCUUUCCACAGAGCUUUGAUGUCUCAGGUACGACAUGAAGAACAAUUUUCUAUGGUCUAUUAACAGGGACAGCAGCGCAAUGGGAUAUGCCAUUACAUAUAGGAGUUGUUUUUAACAAAGUAUUUUAAUGCAAACCCUUCUGCUCCUAACAAAGGCAGUCUGUUUAAAAUCUUGAAGUUUUCAGAUCAUCUAAAUAUAGGAAAUCAAAUAAUUGCUGUGAUUUAUCUUGCCGCUCUCCUAUUGGUGACACAUUCAGCCAGCCUGAAUAAUGAAUGACUAACUGAUAAAAACUUUUUUUUUUUCGGUUUUUAUAUAACUUAGUCCUUGUUAUGGUUCAGAUGCUCAAAUUUGAAAAUUGAUAUCCAAGAAAAUGUUCAAUACUUGAUACUUAGACAGACUUUAUUUGUCAUUUUGUACUCACAAGUGUAUACAAAAAGAAAUGUUGUUCAGUGCAGCUCUCAAGACAUUUUCCUUUUUUAAAGUGCAGCCUUGAUAAAGGUAAGCAGCAGUGAUAAUGUAAACAUAUGGCUGUAUAGUUACAAUUCCAACAUUCAGGGAUUUGUUUUUUUUAUAACCCCAUUUUAUACCAUACCAUGUGGAUAAAAAAUGACAAAUAAUUGAAGGCAUAAAAAAUACUUUUUAUGUAAAAAAA